AUGGGUGUACGACAAAUCCAACGUCUCCAACGUUCCAUGAUGGAACCUUCCACCAGAAUGAUGAGUGUGCCUCACUCAGCUGCCUCCGUCUUUCUAGACUUUGUUCCCUGCAAGGCGAUUACGUGGUAUUUGCAUUGCUUCGAAAAAGUCGGCGCUGGUGGAGACUGUCCCGGCGUUGUGGGUGCAAAGCAUGAAACAAUCUCCAUAACGAGUCGUUGGCGUGUCCUUUUGGUUCGAAGAGUCCACGGCAUCCUGUGCAAUCUGACUGCCUUGAUGACACCCGACGCCGUAGAGGUGCUCCAUUGUGCAGGGCUUCUUUUUCUCUUGCAUGCUGUACGGGCUACUUUUUAA